AAGAAAGACCAGGAAAAGCAAGCAAGAAAAAUUAAGGUCAUUUACAAGUUAUAUAAACGCAACAACAACACGAUGAUUUUAAGCAAAAAUCAAAGAAAAACAAAAUUAAAAAAACUUGGCCGACGUUGAAAUGCCUCUCCAUAUUAGCAUUCUACAAAACGAAAUUCACAAUAUGAGAAAUUCAUUUGGGUUGAUGAUCUUGGGCAUCUUUUUUUCUGCCUCCUUUCUAAUAAUAACCUCGGAUGCGUGUCAUCCAAUUGAUCGCGAAGCAUUGCUGGAUUUUAAAGCCAAAAUCGAUGACCCUGCGGGUAAUUUGGGAUCAUGGCUUCCAAAAACCGAUUGCUGCACCGAAUGGUAUGGCAUUGAGUGCAAUGAUGCCGGCAGAGUGGUGACGAUUAUCCGGGGUGGGGCGAACGGCGAUGGCGAAUCCCCCGUAGACCUAACAAUGGGUGGAAAUAUAUCCCCCUUUAUUGGCAACAUUUCCGAACUCACAGUUCUUGAUCUUCAUGAUCUCAAGAAUUUGAAUGGAUCUAUACCUUCAACGUUUGGAAAAUUGCGCAAAUUGAAGAUGCUUUAUCUAUACAACAAUCAGCUCUCUGGAACUAUCCCUCCAUCUGUUUUUGAAUCUCUUACAUCUCUUACAAUCCUUGAUCUGCAUGAAAAUCGAUUUUCUGGCCCAAUUCCGCCGUCUAUUGGCAAGGCUGUUUCCUUGUCCAAUAUCCUAUUGACCCAAAAUAACUUCACUGGUGGGAUUCCUCAAAGUAUUGGAGAUCUUAAAAUACUAGAUAACCUUGAUCUGUCUUUCAACCAAUUAACUGGACCAAUCCCACAAACCAUCGGGGGGCUGUCUAAUUUAACUCAGUUAAAUCUUGACAAUAAUCAGCUUAGUGGGGAUAUUCCUUCUUCCAUUUCUGGUCUCGUUAAACUAAAAGUCUUCAGUUUAGCGAGUAACAAUCUUUAUGGAAAUAUCACAGCUAUUCCCAAACUAAGAUCUCUGCAAACACUAAGGCUGUAUAACAACCAGUUUGCAGGACUAUUACCCGAAGAACUUGGAAACUCAUCUUCUAUUAGUGGAAUCUUUCUCGCCAACAACAAUUUCACAGGAAAAAUCCCUUCAAGUUUUGGCAACCUGCAGGGCCUCCAGGUUCUGGAUUUGUCGCGAAAUAAGAUUACCGGACCAAUCCCCUUGGAGCUUUUGAAGUUGCAGGGAUUGGGAAGCUUGGACUUAUCAAAUAAUCCUCUUGAAAUAGGCAUCUUGCCCAACUGGAUGCAAGAAAUGAAAACACAGGGCUUAUCAUUGGCAAGGACAGGGGUCAAAGGGCAGCUUCCGAAUUGGCUGGUUUCAUGGUCUCCGUUAUUGAAAAACCUGGAUUUAUCAGACAAUGAAUUGACAGGGGAAUUGCCCAGGUGGAUUGGGAGCCUGAAAAAUCUCAAUUCUCUGAACUUAUCUUGCAACGCAUUCCAGGGUUCCAUCCCAGAGGAAUUCAAAAAUCUAACUAAGCUAACAGAUCUUGAUCUUCGUUCCAACAACUUCUCAGGGGGGCUAAAUACCAUACUCACAAAACCUAGUGACUCCGAUGGGUUACUGUACAAAACCAUUGAUGUUUCCAACAAUUCUUUUCCCGGACCAAUCGAUGACAACAUUUUAAGCAUACCAUCAUUAAGUUCCAUUCGGUCUUUAAUCCUAUCAAACAACCCAGUUGGAGGAAUUAUACCAAAGUCGAUAGGGAAUCUGAGCACAUUGUCCACGCUAUUGCUUUCGAAUAAUGGUUUAAGUGGUGAAAUCCCGCAAGAAGUGCGCAAUCUUACAUGGCUGGAAGAAUUUGAUGUUGCCGGAAAUCAUCUCAGCGGAAUAAUCCCUCCUUUUAAUGUAUCGAUCCCAAUUCCAGCAAAAGCAUUUUUAGGCAAUCCUGGAUUGUGUGGAGCUCCGCUUCCUGCAUGCAAACCAACAACCUGAGACCCAAAUUACUGCCCUAAUAGCUCAAUAUCAUAUUCUGUACAGACGGGCCAAAGUUUUUCUUCACUUUAAAGUUAACUACUCCUUCAAAUCUCUUUUGUUAUGCCAAAUAUUGUAUGUACUCGGAAUGGUAGAUAGUAAUUAAGUAGCGUGUAGAUUUAAUACUCCAUUUCUGUGUAC